GUCCGGGCCCCACCGUGUUCUGCCGAGCGGACUCGUUUCCGUGUCCUAACACACAGCCGUGAAAUGUUUAGGGUGUGUUCUGUUUUUACUGCCUGAUGCACUUGCGCUAUGGAAGCGAAGUAAAUAAAUAACCGCCAAAGAGAUGGUCUCGGCCACUGGCCUGCAGCGCUCCCUCCUUGCUGCACGCCUGGCGGUACCCGUGGGCAGCAGGGCGUGCGGAACCCGCAGGUUUGCGGCGCUUGAGCUCCGCACGUGUGCACAGCGCGUUUCCAGGGGGCAGCAGAGCGCCAGGCGUCCCGGCGGACGGAAGCUGAGUGGGUCCACUUCCGCCUGCGGUGCCCGCUUCCAAGAUGGCGGCAACCCGGCUUCAGCUGCGGGGGGCGGGGCUGGGCGACCGGAGCCGGCGGGAGGGAUGUUGCGAACAGCGCUGGGCGGCUUGACGAGGCUGCUGACCCGCGGGCGGCCCCGGGGGCCCAGCGUGAGGGAGCUGUGGGUCUGCAGAGCCCGCCUGGAGACUGCGAGGAGUCUGCAGGGUUGGGGUUGGCGGCACUCGAGCUCGGAGUCGGGGUCAGGGCGCGCGGAGGCGCUAGGGCGCCUGGAGGCGGCGCACUACCAGCUUGUCUACACUUGUAAGGUGUGCGGGGCUCGUUCCUCCAAGCGCAUCUCCAAGCUGGCCUAUCACAAGGGCGUGGUCAUUGUGACCUGCCCUGGCUGCCAGAACCAUCACAUCAUCGCUGACAACCUGGGCUGGUUCUCGGACCUGGAGGGGAAGAGGAACAUUGAAGAGAUCCUGGCAGCCAGAGGGGAGCAGGUGUGCCGAGUUGCUGGCGAGGGGGCCCUGGAACUAGUCUUGGAGACAGCAGAGGCCCCCACAUCCACUCUUGCUAUAGAAGGGGAUGAGGACAAGGACUCCACCUACCCAGGCAAGAUGGAGCCCAGCUGACUCCCACGCCCCAGCGCCGUGGGGCUUCUGCUUUCAGAAGGAUGUUUCAGCCCUCGGCCUCUCUGGACUUGGCCUCUUUUCUAUCAAUAAACAGAUAUCACUUCCAGAU